AUGCCUUGCUGGUCCACGGACGCGAUCGUGCCACCGGCCGUCUUUUCGCAGCAGAUCACCGAAGGCGACGACGUCGUCUACCGCAGCCUUCCCGGCGCUGCGCCGUUAGAUGCGAUGACGCUCGUCGGCAGCCUCGCGCGCACGGCGCGGCAGUUCCCGCACGCGCCCUUCUUGGGCCACCGGCCCAUUGACACACGCGGCGUUGCGGGGCCGUUCCAAUGGCAAACGUACUCCGAGUGCUACGCGCGCGUUCAAGCGAUCGCAGCAGGCCUUGUGCACCACGAGAUGCUGGAACCGACCGACGACGGCCACAAGUUCCUUGGCAUUUACAUGAAGAACCGACCCGAGUGGGUGCUCUCGCAGUACGCUGCGUUCUUCGCCGGCGCGACGGUCGUGCCCAUCUACGAUACGCUGGGUGCGACGUCGACCGAGUUUAUCCUCAACGAAACCCGCCUGUCGACCGUCGUCUGCACGUCGGCCGAGCUCGAGGCGCUCAUCCAGCGCGCGCCUCGCUGCCCGCACCUCCGACAUAUUGUCGUUUGUGACGUCGUGGCGCUCUCACUGGUCGAAAUUGCAGCAGCGCGCGACCUCCAGCUCUGGACGCUGACGCAACUCGAGACGCAUGGCCAGAACCAGCCCAUCGACUCGACGGCGCUCAGCGUCGAGGCAAUGGCGAUGCUCAUGUACACAAGCGGCACGACGGGCGACCCAAAAGGUGUGCCCAUGACGCAUGGCAACCUCAACGCCGUGCGCCACGGUAUCCUCGACCGACUCCGGAGCAGCCCGCGGCUCACUGCGGUCAUGAACAGCCACCCGAGCGGACUCUCGUUUCUGCCGCUCGCCCACGUCGCAGAGCAGGGCAUGCACACGUCCAUGAUCUACAUUGGUGGAGCGAUUGGCUUUUACCAGGGCGACGCGCUCAAGCUGCUCGACGACGUCCAAGCGCUGCGCCCGACGAUUUUCCUCAGCGUCCCUCGCCUCCUCAAUAAGAUCUACGACAAGGUCAUGGAAGGUGCGCUCGCCGCCGGCGGCCUCAAAGCCUGGCUCUUCCAGACCGCACUCGACACCAAGCUCGCCAACUUGAGCCAAGGGUACCAGACGCACAGCCUCUUCGAUGCGCUCGUGUUCACAAAGCUCAAGGCGGCACUGGGGCUCGACCGGUGCGAGAUUCUCUUGACGGGCGCGGCGCCGCUUUCGGCGACGGUCCUCUCGUUCUACCGCGUCGUGCUUGGCUGCACGUGCUUGGAGCUCUACGGGCAGACCGAGACGGGCGGCGCGGCCACGAUGACCGACCUCCGUGAACUCGACGCCGGGAGCGUUGGCCCGCCCAUGGUGUCGACCGAGAUCAAGCUCGUCUCGGUGCCCGAUAUGAAAUACAACGUCACCGACACCGUGCAUGGUCAAGGCGACGCGGCCAUCGCAGUCAAGGGUCGCGGCGAAGUGUGUUUUCGCGGCCCGACGGUCUUUUCCGGGUACUUUAAAGCGCCGGAGAAGACGGCCGAGGUGCUGGACGAAGACGGUUGGCUCCACUCGGGCGACAUUGGCGUCUGGACGCUCGAUGGCCGACUGAAGCUCGUGGAUCGGAAGAAGAACAUCUUCAAGCUUGCGCAGGGCGAGUACGUGGCGCCCGAGAAGAUCGAGAACGUGCUUCAGACGUCGCCGCUCGUCGCCCAAGCGUUCGUGCACGGCGACAGCCUCCACGCGAGUCUCGUGGCCAUCAUCGUGCCGGAAGAAACGGCGCUCGCACCGCUCGCCGCGACGCUCAAGGUCUCGGGCGCGUUUCUCGACUGGUGCAACUCGCCAGCGGUGACCAAGGCAGUGCUCACGGACCUUCAACGCGUCGGCCGCGAGAACGGUCUCCUCGGCUUUGAGCUCGUGCGGGCGAUCGCGCUGGACCCGAAUCCGUUCACAGUCGAGAACGACCUCUUGACGCCGACGUUCAAGCUCAAGCGGCACGACGCCCAGCGCGCCUUCGCGUCGCGAAUCGAAGCGCUCUACGCGUCUGGCGUCUCGGUCGUCGCCGGCCACGCGGCCAAGCUCUGA